AUGGAUAGGUGCAGACCAGUGGACACUCCACUGGUUGUAAACUUGAAGCUAAGCAAAGAUGAUGGGGCUGUGAAGAUUGAUGAGGGAAUUUAUAGAAGUUUGAUUGGCUGUCUAUUGUACUUGACAGCCACCAGGCCUGACUUAAUGUUUACUACAAGCCUCCUCUCCAGGUUCAUGAGAAACCCAAGUGAAGUUCAUCUCAAGGUAGCCAAGAGGGUGUUGAGGUACAUUAAAGGAAGUUUUGAUCUUGGUGUAUGGUUUAAGAAGUCUGAAAACUUUCAGCUUGUUAGGUACUCUGACAGUGAUUGGGCUGGAUGUAUUGAUGAUAUGAGAAGUACUUCCGGCUAUGCCUUCUUCUUGAAUUUAAGAGCUAUAUGUUGGCUAUCCAAAAAACAAGACACCAUAGCUCAGUCCACAACAGAAGCAGAAUACAUUUCUACUGCUGCUACCGUAAACCAAGCCAUAUGGCUUAGGAAAAUUUUGGAGGAUUUGAAGCAAACUUAG